AUGGAAGAAGCAGCGAACUCGUAUGUCUUGGGUCGCAAUCCUGCUCCCGUAACGGAUGCGACAGAGCCGACACGGGGCGAGGGCGGUCAAGCGAGCAAGAGGCGCAGAUUCAAUGACUCUGCAGCUGACGAGACCGUGUCCGGGACUUCAGAGGGGUAUGAUCAGUGGAAUGGGGAUGCCCAGCGCGUGCUGGGCCGCAAGACUUUCACGUCAACUGCAGACCAGCCGUCUUUCACCUCACGAGCCGACUUUGGCCACGCGGCUGUAGCGUCCACAGAGUCGUCGCAUCCCAAAGGCGAUUCGCAGUGGGCGCCGCCCGAGUCGGCAUACCCCGAGUUGGCAGGUUACCAGCAACAGCCUUAUUUCUAUCAGCAGACCUCCAAUCCGGCUGCGUAUACAUCGUCCUGGCCACAACGCGGAUCCCAGCCAUACGAAGCAACCGGAACCUCUACCAGCUAUUCCGUUGGAGAGCAGACCGCUGCUACAGCGAUGCCCUAUUUUCCACCACGACCGUCUGUCCAAUCCGGGUCGACCACCGAGACUGGUGAUGAUGCCGCGGCUCUCAGCUAUUCCGAUCUGGAGCAUGCAACCCAGUACGCGUACUCGAAGCCAAGCGCAUUGGUGACGGCAGCGCAGCGUGAAGCUGCCAAACAGAGCUCGGCCUUCUACUUCGAUGAUGCAAGUAUGCACUUGAAGAUUCAAAGCUUGCCGAUUCUAGAUAACCUUGCGACUCAGCUGGUACACACGAUUUCAAAAGCCAGCUAUCACCAAAUACAGGACUUGAUGCGAGGGGCGGACGCCGAAGAGAACCAAGCGUACAAAACACUGAAGAAUCUGUUUGACCAAACKCGAAAGGUGUACAGCAGAGAAACGCCUUUCAUCGACGCCAUUGCCAUUCAGAUGUUCCAGCCAAACCAGCAAGAGAUCAUCCGCAAAGCGAACAUCGCGACGUUCGUAUCGAGCAUUCUCGGUGCGCAUGAUGUGAGCUUCUUCCACCUCAAUGAGUUCUUUAUGGAGACCUUCGUCCCUCUUGGUCAUCGUUUGCUCAAAUGGCAGGGAGCAAUCUACCUCGAGCUCAAAACUCAGUCAUACAUUUCGGCAUUGAUGAACAGUGACGGAGACCCAGAGRAGAUGCUGGACGAGCUCUUUCCACAUGAUCUCGAUGCCCAAAUCCUGACGCGCCAUCCGGAUGCUCCUAGCUUAUCACCCAGCGAGAAUGAUUUCAUCGAUCGCAGUCGGGCACGCAAAAGUUAUCUACUUGCUGAGCCAGUUUCUCCAGAGAUGCUGCACGAGCUUCCAAAAAAGUAUCAGUGGACUGACUUCGUACGGGAGUUCGCAUCCUGCAUCACUAAAAACGUGKACGGCAUUAUCAACGUACCCACACCGAAAACGACGUCGGGCGGCGCUCAAGACAAUUCACCUUUCGCAAACUCCAGAGCCUCGCAAUCUGGCGCCGCUUCGGCGUCCGUGAACGGCAAGGGCGGUAGGGACGGGCCAAAUCCCAGCAAACCCCCCGCGCCAGCCUCUACUGUCAGACAACCUUGGACCAAACCCGAAGAGGAUGCCUUGCUGGCUGGGUUAGACAGGGUUAGUGGACCGCAUUGGUCACAAAUUCUCGCGCUGUACGGCCGAGGUGGCUCAGUUAGCGAAGUUCUCAAGGAUCGUAACCAGGUGCAGCUUAAGGACAAAGCUCGUAACCUCAAACUGUGGUACUUGAAGACCGGAAAGGAGGUACCUUCGGCCCUGCAAGGUGUUACAGGCGAGCUAAGAAAGAGAGGUGGAGCUCGUGCUAGGGCCGCUCUUGUAGGGGACGAUGAUCAAGCGAAUGGUGGAGACGAGUUAGCAGACGAGGGAUUGGAUCCGUCUUUGGCAGCUGGAAAGACCGGUCGAGGUUCCAAGAAGAAGAGCAAAAAUUGA